CAGUUACAUCUCAGCCUGAUGACUACAGCUGCCGGCGCUGCAUGGAGUAAGGCUCUUUGGUCUUUAAAUGUGUAUGGUUAUAUUUGCUCCGAUUUUUGCCAUUUGUGCAUUUGCCACCUGUGGAGGAUAUCAUGGCUAUCUUCAGGUUAAAGUGGACUGCUCUGCCCAGAGACAGAACAACCUCAGCAUCAAUAUUGAUUUUGGCUAUCCUUUCAGAUUGCAGCAGAUCCACUUCAAAGCUCCCUUAUGUGACACAAGCAGAGAAGAAGUCGUUUUCCUCAAUGGCGACUUCUCUGCUGCAGCUCAGUUUUUCGUAACUGUGGGUGUUUUGGCAUUUCUGUACUCCUUCUUUGCAACAUUUGUCUACGUUUUCUACCAGAACAAGUAUCUGAAGAACAACAGAGGCCCUCUGGUGGAUUUUCUUGUCACUGUUACCUUUUCUCUAAUGUGGCUGCUCAGCAGCUGCUGUUGGGCUAAAAGCCUCACUGAUAUCAAGGCAGCCACAAACCCAACAGAGGUACUCCUUCUCAUUGCUUCCUGUAGAGAGAAGGAAAAUAGAUGUGCCACCACGCAGGAACCUCUCUGGUCUCGUCUAAACACUUCCACUGUUUUUGGUUUUCUUAAUGCAAUCCUCUGGUCUGGAAACAUUUGGUUUGUCUUUAAAGAGACAGGCUGGUACAAGACUGGCCAGAGAUACCCAAGUAGGACUUCUUCCAGGAAACGAUCCAGUGAAAUGCGAGAGCGACUCUACAGCGAGUCCAGCUUUGACCAGCCAGAUGACAGUUUUGGCCCCUUCAGACAGGACAGCUUCACUGAGUCAAGAGGGGACUACGACAAACAGUUCGAGAGACAAGCUAGCAUCAACCAAUCACAAGUAAGCUUCAGCUUACCAGAGACAUAUCUGGGCAAAGCAGUGAUUUAUGAGAGAGAGAAUAAAGUAGCUUCUCAAGGACCUGUGAUUUUUGUUAAUGAGAUGUGACCUUAACAUAAUGUGAGCUAAAAUAGCGCUGUAUUCUUAUAUUACUACUCACAAAGAUAAUUAGAAAUCAGCAAAUUUUACAGAUGUAGGAGUUAAAAUUUGUGUAACAAAAAUAUGCUUGGAAAAAUGCUAAGUUUAACAGUUGUCAGAUUUCAAGGACAAAGUAAGAUCACUAAGGACCGGGCUACACAGCUGUUUCUCUCUGCUUUACUGAAAAUCCAUUAAUGCAGUAAACCCCUCCAGGUAAUAGAAAAUAGCCAUCUAUACAGAUAAAACGAAACUAAAAAGAAUUAAAGUUAAUCUCCAUUACUCUUUCAAACAAAAUAGUUCAUUAACUUUUUUUCUUUGCAUACACAAUGUCAUGAGACGAUUUUACGUACAAGAUCUCUGUAAAAGCAAUCAUUUUGCCACAACUCUCCAAAAAUACUAACAUUUAAAAAUAAUUAAAUAAUGAUAGUAGACAUGUCCAUUUACAGUCUUUAAUGUCUUACAUUAGGGAUUAGCACCAUUAGUAUGGUUAGAGCUAUUAAUUGUAAGCACAUGUCCCAUGUAUUUUCUCUAGAUAGAAAACUUUAAUAUUUCCCAAUAAAAGUCCCAGUAUUUUACAAGGAGCACCACUAUAUUUGGUGAUCAUUGUUGUGGUAAAAAUCUGAAAUAAAUCAUAAUUAAAAAAAUUAAAAAUACCUCAAUGAUACUUAAAAUGGCUCAAAGAAGCUUUCUGAUACUUCCACAAUGAAGGGCGUUAUAAUUGACUAUUAUUAUUAUUAUACCUUUUUAUGGGACAUUGACUAGAAAAUAAGAUAGUUUUAAUGUUUGGUUUGGUCAGCAAGUCAAAGAUUUUGUUAGUCAAUCCCUAGUUAGCAGAUGUGCUGUCUAAUGAAACAAAAUAUUUUUUAAUGCUAACUUUUUACUGAACUCGCAAUAAGGCUUUUUAAAACUGUUUUCUUUUUUUUUUUUUUUUUACAAACAUUCAAAUUACAACUUUCAAGUAAUCUAGUUGUUUCAGAUUUCUUUGAGUGUUUUCCAAAAUCUUUAAAUGUACCCUAGGUGUCAUGUCUGCAAAAUUCCCUCAAUGUGCCCUACUUUUUUGAGGAUAUUCUGAAGGGAUCUUGAUUUAUACUUUUCAGAACUUCUAAAAGGUAGUACAGAUUUGUGCUUCGAACCUUUUAGAUUUUUUUAUUUUUUACCACUUAGUUCUUAGUUCAGUUUACGUGAAAGCAUUUUAUUCUUCAAAUGUUGCAUUUUGGAGCCUAUAAAUGCCUGAAUAGUUUAUGUCAAACUCCAAAGUAUUCCCCAAGCAGAGGAAAGGAAAACAAAGCUAAAAAGGACUUUGAACAGACCAUCAGAAAGUCUAUUGAAAUAUUGAUAAAGACUGGUUUUAAAGAUUGUAAGAAAGUCUAUCUUUCUGAGAUUUAAAAUACAAAGAAAUUAAUGAUCAUUGUUUCAUCACAUAAUCUUUAGAAUUGUGUUUUAAAAGUUGAUAUUCCUGGAUGUUCCAUUUGGAUUUGUAUUUUGGGUCAUGGGUAUGAAAUGACGUGUAUAAAAAUUGCAGUAUCAGUAGAAGAAAGUGUUUAAUGAGUUUUGUUACAUGGCUUUUUGUACUGGUGGAUUUCUUAAUAUUCUAAUUUGUGUAUCUCCUCUGCGUCCUCAAUUGGAGAUCUGAGAUGUUGUAGUUCUCUUGAUUGCAAAUCCUGUAGUUUUGUUUUGGUUUUCAAGUUAAUUGAAGGUCAGAAGUAAAAAGAUAAACACUUGCGCAGUAACAAGAAGUCAGGAUUUUUGUCUUUAAAAAAAUUACUGCAGUUUUUUAUUUAUUUGAAAAAUUAAGAAUAAUUGUCAUUUUAUCUUGUUUUACAUAGUCAUUAAAUACUUAACAUUUAGAUUCUAAUUAUAUUUUGAAGCAGGUGUUACUGCUUUUUUCUUAUUUGCUUUUAUGUGAGAAUGCAUUGUUCCUCUUUAAUUCUGUUGUAAAUGAAUCAAAACAGAGGAGUUUUGAUGUAAAGUCUUCUUAAAUAAUAAAUGUGAGAAGUUUACAUUUGAAAACCA